AUGUCCCGCACACUCACCCUCGCCACGGCCUCUGUCAACUCCCAGCCGCCGUCACUCACCAUCUUCGCUCCCGCCGACGACGCCUUCCCUUUUUCCGGUCAGCUCAGCUCGAACCGCCUCCGCUACCACCUCCUCCCCACCGCUUUCCACCUCCGAUCGCUCAAGUCCCUCCCUUACGGCGCCAAGAUCGCCACUCUCCUCGCCGGCCGGUCUCUCACCGUCACCAGUCUCCCCGCCGACGGCGUUGUCUCCCUCAACAACGUCACCCUCGCGGCGUCGCCAAUCUACGACGACGGGUCGUUGAUCGUCUUCGGAAUCAAGAAGCUCUUCGACCCGAAUUUCCAGAUCUCGGGUCCGAUUCGGAGCCUCCGCUGCCUGGCGCCGCGAAACCCUAACGGCGACGAAACGGCCGCGUUCUACCCGUUCGAUGAAGCAAGCGAGGUUCUGAGAUCGAACGGAUUCUCUGUUGUGGCUUCGUUUCUCGAAGUUCAAUUUCUCAAGUACCACACGACGUUGACCGUCUUCGCUCCCGUUGACCAGGCCAUGGUGAGCCGAAUCGGAGACCUGAGCCAGUACUCGUCGAUCUUCGGCCGCCACGUGGCUCCCUGCAAGCUUUCUUGGGACGAUUUGGCGAAUCUUGAUGACGAAGCUGUGUUGGUGAGGACCAAUCUGGAAGGGUUUAUGAUCAACAUUAGCCGAUACGACGGCGUUUUGGUCCUCAGUGGAGUCCCUGUGAUCAUGCCGGAGAUGUAUCGGAACGAGUGGCUUGUGGUGCACGGAAUCAGUGGUGUUCUUGAGUUUCCGGUGAGCUCGCCGGAGCAAGUGGUGGCUUCUACACCUGACUCUGAGCCUGAGGCAGUCGAUAAUAACAGCUCCGGUGAGGAAGCAGAGCCGGCAGAGAAUGUGAUCGAGAAGGAGCCUGCUUCACCGGAAUUUGAAGACGGCGGCGAUUCUGAGCUAAUUGGUAACAUGAAUGGGGAUGGAGAUGCCAUUUCAUACAGGGUUCUUGGCCGGCACACAUUGACAAUGUUGGUAUACCUUUUCUUUCUCUGUGUUUAA